AUGGCGUGUAGUAGGAUGCAGGGAGUGCCGAGGGCUUCUCCAUUGAAAGAAGAAAUUGGUAGUCCUUACAAUCCUCAUCCACUAUGUGAUGAUAGCUAUUUAUUGUCGUCGCUCUCUUCGCUCACUACCAAAGCCAUUAGAGCAUCAUCAGCCUAUG